AAGUGAAAAUGCCACUGUGUUGUUUUUACCAUGGUUUUUACUCAACUUGCGUGAAGCAGCACUAAUUACCUAAAAAAAAGGUUUUUACAAUCCAAACCCUAAAGUUAAUAGUGGUCAAUUGUGUAGUAUAAUGUGUGCGCCAGUACUAUAGAAUAAAAUCUGUGACAUCGACAGUGUUUAGCACAGAAAAAGACAUUCUAAACUUGCUGUCUUUCUUGCCUACAUUUGCAUCCGCAGGAAGCGUCAUUCAGAUACAAUUCCAACGCAGAAGAUUUCACUAUGGCACCGCAACCACUUGAGCAGGGUGGAGCUGUGACCAGCUUCAUUCCUACAGGACAGGAAAUGACCCAACGACAAAAUUUGAUUCCCCUUGGAAGGUUGAUCGAUUUUAUCAUCCAGCGAACGUAUCAUGAAUUAACGGUACUUGCGGAGCUCCUGCCCCGCAAAACGGACAUGGAACGCAAGAUUGAAAUCUACAACUUUUCCGCUAGUACGCGGCAGUUGUUCAUUCGUUUAUUAGCCUUGGUAAAAUGGGCCAACUCAGCAUCCAAAGUCGACAAAUCGGCAAAAAUCAUGGGGUUUCUAGAUAAGCAGUCGCUUCUGUUUAUCGACACGGCUGACAUGAUGUCCCGUAUGGCCCGUGAAACAUUGGUUAAUGCCAGACUGCCUAAUUUUCACAUCCCAGCAGCGGUAGAGAUCUUAACAACAGGAACCUACUCGCGGUUGCCAUCGAUUAUACGCGAGCGCAUUGUACCACCGGAUCCGAUUACUCCUUUGGAGAAAAGACAAACUUUGCAACGACUGAAUCAGGUAAUUCAACAUCGAUUGGUCACAGGAAAUUUGCUCCCACAGUUGCGGAAGUUUAAGAUUGAAAAUGGUCGAGUUACUUUCAAAGUGGAUCACGAGUUUGAAGUUUCGUUAACCGUAAUGGGAGACGGACCGAAUAUACCCUGGCGCUUGCUUGAUAUCGAUGUGUUAGUUGAAGACAAAGAGACCGGGGAUGGCAAAGCACUUGUUCAUACGCUACAAGUAAAUUAUAUACACCAGUUAAUUCAGGGUCGCAUUGUCGACAGUCCCGAUGCAUUGGCAGAAGUUUAUAAUUGUCUGCAUUAUUUCUGCCAAUCGCUGCAGCUGGAAGUUCUAUAUACCCAAACACUUCGAUUGAUGCGAGACCGCUUAGAUGAUAAUAUUCAUGUUGAUGAAUACAUACCUGGAACAAAACUGACUGUGUCAUACUGGCGUGAGCUGACUAAUAAGGAUCCUAAGUCGGAGCUCGGAUAUCGCCUGAUGAUUCAAACUGACCAAAGUGAUUCAACAAAGCAGCUAGCUAUAUUACAUGUUCCUUCGAUUGGCAGCAAAGAGGCUGACAUCGCAGAUCGUGCUGUACGGUCCGAUCUACUCUCGAUGGAGCGUCUUCUGGUUCAUACUGUUUAUGUUCGUUCGCUCGCACGUUUGAGUGAUCUAAAAGCUGAAUUACAGCUCUUCCUUAAAGACGUCGAUUAUAACAUUCAAGGUACACCCGCUAUGUUGACGGUUCCGGUACUGAAUCCAUGCCUACGUGCAGAACAAAUUUACAUUACUGUCGAUACGCACACUGGAAUGUUGCGCUGCCAUGUUCCUAAACAUCUAGACUGUCCGAUCAUGCCGGAAAUGCAGCUGGCACUGAACAAUGAUCGCAGUAAGCUGCAGUAUCUUAUUUCGGAAUUGCGCUUCUGGAUUACACAGCGACGCUGCGAGAAAACUCUUCAGCAUUUGCCAGCCACAACACAAGAGCGGCUUCCACUAGUGUUUCCCGCUGGUCAUCCGAUCGAGCGAAUCAAUCCGCACAAGGUGUAUAUUCAAUUGUAUCGGCAUUCGAAUGUUAUUUUGAUUGUCGAAUUGAAGGAGCGAGAUGGUUGUCCCAAUGAAAUGACGUACACUUUUUUCCUAGUUUUGGUGAAACCCUCAUCAGUUGAAGAUAGCCAGUCGCAAGAUGCAGAUCAUUCGCAUAGUGGAACUGUGGGUUCUUCCAGUCAGUCCGGUCCUGGUUCAGUACCGUCUGGGGGACCCCCGAGUGUGUCAAGUACAACAGCCGGUGCUACUUCUUCGUCGUCCGCAGUCGUUUCAGCUGAGCAUGAUGGAAUUCCAAAAAUGUAUCUCAAGGUACAAUCGUUAAUCGAGUUCGAUACAUUUGUUGCCACCCAUGGUCCGGGCACGUACGUAGACGAGGCAGCCGGUGGUAUGAAAAGAAAAUUAUUGAGCGGAGAAGGCGGUUCUCCUUGCAAACAACAGAAAACAAUUUAUCCAGCGUAUUUUAUUCCGGAGUUGGCUCACGUAGUGGCAAUGUGCGAUGAAAAGUUACCAUUUGUGGCUCUAGCUAAAGAACUUACACGACGCAGAAUACCACAUGGUGGCUUGCAAGUCGAAGCCAAUGCAACGUCGUUAGUGCUCAAACUGUUGACGCUGCCACAGCCGAAACCACCUCUUGUCCCAACAACGGCAGCUGCCAAUAACGCCCAAGCUCAAAACAAUGGCCAAGAUCAAAAGCCUCCGGUUGAGCCAAAAGUUAUCAACGUACCGAAAAUCGAAAAAGACGUGUGGAAUGCGCUUCUUAGACGAUUACUUUCGGUGUCUGUGAGAGCUCAGAUUAAUAAAGGUAACCAGACCCGACUUUGGACUACUGAACUGGUAUUCUACGGCACGCCACUUCCGAGCACUCAUCAUAGAGAGCAAGGAAUGAGAAGAGCGGUAUAUUUGCAAUAUGACAUGCUUCCGGUAGAUUCGGUUGACCGUAUUGUAGAUAUGAUACUAAACGAUUGGUCAAAAAUCGUCUAUCUGUACACACUUGUGCAUGAUUUCCGCGAACAAAUGCGGAACGACAAAUAUAACCUGCAUAACAUUGUGACUAUCAAAUCUUAUAGCUACACUAGUCUGCUUCUCGCAUACGGUCCUAACAAAGAGGUUAACGUCAAUAUUUACUGGGAUAUUGAAGCGAAAGAAUUCAAAAUGGUGUUCACUGGAGGAAACAGUGCCAUCAAUGCCCACUCGAUGAUGCGUGAUCAGUUGCAAGCUCACCUAAACCACAAUUACGAUCUUGCUCAAAUUGUUCAUCUGUUGCACGAAACGUACCAACCGUUAAGCUCAAUUGCCAAACUACCAAUAAUUCCGCAUUUGGCAAUUCUUCAGUCGCCGAAGAUACCCGUUCUAUCGUUUUGUAUUAUCCCUCAAUCACCGACUUUACUCAGGAUUUCCUUCCAAGGAGUGUAUUGUUUGGAGAUUCGUUUUCGUGGUAGUGGCUUGUGUUCGAUUCGAGACGGUGCCUAUAGUCGCUUCGAUCGCAGCCACGUUGUCGAAGAAUUCACUCCAACCCAAGGCUUAAAAGGAUUUUUGUCGAAAUAUGUUGACGAAUCCGCAGUCUAUCGAAGGCGUUCGCAAUCCGAAGACGACAACCCACCGUCCCCAAUCACAAUGGAAGAUCCACACGGAGGACCAGCUUCGGUUGGGUCCGCUUUCUUGGGCGGUGGCAUGCGCGGCCCGCAAAGUCCUCGUGAUCCCGGUCUACGAUUUGCUGCGCCACUUACCCCACCAUCAGGCUCAAAUCCACAUACGCCUGCUUCACCACAUCCUCAAGGAAUGAGCGGUGGUAGUCAGGGUAGCCAAAGUCACCCAAAUUUCAAUAUGACAUCUCCACCAGCCUCGCACAUGCCGCAUCCGUCGCCAAGUGGUGGUUUGAUGCCAUCAUCGCCGUUGAAUCCACAACCAAGUCCAAUGGCAUCUCAUUCUCCUGGACCCAGUAAUAUGCCAUACAUGCAGUCUCAUACCGACGGAAGCCCAUUCGCGGCUUUAUCACCGGCGGCAUCUAACUGGCCUGGGUCUCCGGGAAUGCCUAGACCUUCACCACGCCCAGGACAAAGUCCGGAUCACAAACCGCAAACAACUCAUCACAACACGUCUCGCGUUCUGCCGGCACGCUCAUGGGCUGGUGCUAUACCAACGCUCUUAACACAUGAAGCAUUAGAUACGCUCUGUCGGGCAACUGUUCAUCCGCAGAAGGAAGUUCCUGGACCAGAACUUAGCCCGUUGGAACGAUUUCUCGGUUCAGUAUUCAUGCGUCGCCAGCUACAGAGAAUUAUCCAUCAAGAAGAAAAUCUUACAGCUAUAACGUCUAACGAACCGGGAGUCGUCCUAUUUAAAGCGGACUACUUGCAGUAUCAGGUGUUCUUGAAUCCCAACCAUAUGCAAUCAUUGCACAUGAAAAUAUCUCUCGCUCCGUUGGGUCCCAUGGAUAACAAACCAGCAUACCAAUGGACACCGGAAGAUCUCCAGAUUCUCGAGCAAUUUUUCGACCAACGUGUCGCCGCUCCUCCUUAUCGUCCGGCCGUUGUCACCAGCUUCACUCGCAUGGUAAAUCUUCCUGCCCAAGUGUUGAAAGAUUUUAUUCAAAUCAUGCGACUAGACUUGCUACCUGAGCUUGGCCAAGGAAACAAAUGGAAUGUGCAGUUCAUUCUGCGUAUGCCUCCGUCAGCAACUCCGAUUGUACCGGUCGGAACCACCACGAUCUUGUGUCAUCGACAGAAGAUUCUGUUUUUCAUCCAAAUCUCUCGUGUACCUUACCUGCCGAAUAUGGAUUGGAAGGAUACAGUCACGAUGCUGCUUCCGAUGGUAUACGACAUGACACUUAACCAUACACAGCUGGCUGAACGACGCGAACAGGUCACGCAACAACUGACAAGUGCUGUCAGUGCACAUCUUCGACGAUUCGUCGAUUGUUCGGUGCUUCAACCUGGUGAAUGUUCCCUCUUCCCAUCUGUUCGUGAUUUGCUUAUGAACCUAACUCUUCCCAAUGAACAACCUCCUCCAGGGCAGAUGCCUAAUCAGAUCGGUCCGAUGGGCGGAAUGCCGCCAGGUGCAGGUCCAGGACAAAUGGGAGGUCAAAUUGCACCAUCGCCGGUUGGUGCUCAAGUUGGAUCCAGCCCGAAUCCGAUGAUGCAUUCACCGAUGCAAAUGGGAGCUGGUGGACAACAGCCGGGUUACGGUGGAAUGGUUGGCAGUGGCGGUGGUGGUGUACAACCGGGCGGUCCCGGAGCUGGGGUACCAAACUAAGGAACAUUUUGACGGUUUCUUUUUGCCUUUAGGGUAAUGAACCAAUACGAUGGCACCAAAUGGUACCAUCCGCGUAAGAGUUUAAAUACGAAUAUCAAAAUUUGGCUUCUAGUGUCAAACAUCAUAAGUAAGGAUGCAAGAAAAUAAAACAUAUAUCAGUUAAAUAUUUUUCAAAA